AUGGCAAUGCAGAUGUCACAGAUGGACCCGCUGCCCCGCGACCUACCCUUUCGAAUCAUUUCGAAAACAAUAGGUCGCGGUGCCUAUGCAUCAAUCAAGAAAGCCAUCCCUCCAACUGAUUCCACUCCAGUUUUCGCAGUCAAAUUCAUACAUAAAGCUUAUGCAGUCAAACAUGGCCGGAUUUCGUCGAAGCAAAUCGCCAUGGAGGUUUCACUGCAUUCCCAUAUUGGACGACAUCCAAAUAUUAUAGAGUGGUUCGCGACGGGCGAAGAUGCUGUGUGGAAGUGGAUUGCCAUGGAGUAUGCAGAGGGAGGAGACUUAUUCGACAAAAUCGAAGCAGAUGUUGGCGUCAAAGAAGAUAUUGCACAUUUCUACUUUACACAAUUGAUUGGGGGAGUAAACUAUAUGCAUCAAAAGGGGGUGGGGCAUCGAGAUAUCAAGCCUGAAAAUAUAUUACUAUCGAGUAGUGGCGAUUUGAAGAUUGCGGAUUUUGGAUUGGCAACACUGUUUGAAUAUAAUGGAGCGAGAAAACUUAGUACGACGAUGUGUGGUAGUCCUCCAUACAUUGCACCGGAAGUCAUCUCUUGCUCUAGGAGUACUCAAACCAAGGUGAAGGGUGCAGGAUACGCUGCAAACAUGGUGGAUAUUUGGUCAUGCGGGGUCGUCUUAUUUGUGCUCUUGGUGGGAAAUACACCUUGGGACCAACCUACUUCUGAAAGCUGGGAAUUCGAUGAGUACGUAAAAUCCAAUGGACGAAGUUCAGAUGAAUUAUGGCGAAGAUUGCCGUCUUCGGUUCUAUCAUUACUAAGAGGCAUGAUGAAUGUCGAUGUAUCCAAACGCUUUAACUUUGAACACAUCAAACGCCAUCCAUGGUAUACGCGCAAGAACCCACUUCUCACCACCGAUGGCAAGAUGAGCGAUCCAUUAGGUCUUGCUACUCAAAUGUUAGCAAAUCUUCGUAUCGACUUCAAGCAAAAGCCAAGUGCAUCACAACUUAGUCAAGAUGCGAUGCAACUCGAUAGUCAUAACUUUGCAUUCACGCAACCAGAAGCUCCAGUCAUGGAUAUGCAAUUUGACUGGGAACGUCCGCCCCGUGUGUUACCCACAUCUCAACCCGCCGAGACUACCUGUAAUUUCCAACUUCCUUCACCAGUGGCAUCGAAUCAUGGAGAUGCCACACUCGCGGAUGAACCUUCCAUGUCUCAAUUUUCAUCCAAUCCUGCCGUCUCCCUUCGUCUCACACAACAUGCUCGUCAAUUUCAAGAUAUUCUCCCGAAUUACUCGCUUACGCGAUUCUUUUCCCAUCUCCCCGUUCCUCAAUUGCUGACUCUUCUUUCUGAAUCUUUGCAUGCGAUGAAUAUCCCAGUACCACCUUUGGCACAGUUGCAAAGUAGUCAAUUGCAUGCAGCUUGGAUCAAGGUACGAGCGGUAGAUAGUAGAAGAUGUGGGAUGAAUGGAGAAAUUGUUUUGGAUUCUUAUGAGACGGAAGAGAUUGAGUUGGUGGAGGUGAGAUUUGUAAAGGUGAAGGGAGAUCCGUUGGAGUGGAGACGUUUCUUUAAGAGAGUGGUGGUGGCGUGUAAGGAGGGGGUUUACGUACCGGAUGUUGAAGAUGUUUAG